UCAAAAGCGUGUGGUGAAUAACACCUAUAAUUUGAUCAUUAGUUAUAAGGUACUUGUCUCUUCUAAAUUCUCCAUUCUUGUUCCUUUUUUUUUCACCUUCACCAAAUUCACCAUUAAUUUAUUCUCCAUUUUUUCUCUAUAUAUAACACACAUACAAAGAAAACCCUAAUCCUUAAUUUUUUUCUUCUUCCAAAAGUUUCUAUUAUGGCGGAUAGAGUAUACCCAGCUGCUAAACCAGCUGUUCCUAAUGGCACUGCUGCUCCGGCUCCCGCUCCUGCCGCCGCCGCCGCCGCCAACGGCGGAGCUAAUCAGACGUUUCCGGCGAACAAAGCUCAACUUUACAACGCUGCUAGACCUACUUACCGUCCUAUGCCGCCUCCCCGCCGUAAACACCGACGGAGCUGCUGUUGUUGUUGUUGCCUGUUUAUUACCUUAUUCAUAAUCACUAUUGUUCUACUUGCUGCAAUUGCCGGUGCGAUUUUCUGGGUACUUUACCGUCCUCAGAGGCCUUCCUUCUCUGUUUCUACUCUUCAAGUCUCUCAAUUAAAUCUUACUUCUACGAAACUCGCGUCGAAAUUCAGUCUCACCGUUGUUGCUCGUAAUCCAAACAAAAAGAUCUCUUUCUUCUACGAUCCUAUUAACAUUUCGUUCAAUUCCGCCGAUGUUGAUAUCGGAGACGGAUCGUUACCGGCUUUUACGCAUAAUAGGAAAAACACAACGACGUUGAAGACAGUAGUGUCAAGUUCAGGAAAAAACCUGGACGAUUCUGCGAUUUCUAAUCUGAAAUCUAAAUUGAAGAAUAAGAAGAGUCUGCCAUUGGAGAUAAAGCUUGAUACAAAAGUUAAAGUCAAAGUUGGAAGCUUGAAAACGAAGAAAGUCGGAAUUCGAGUUAAAUGCAGUGGUAUUAAAAUUACUGUUCCUUCCGGCAAAACUCCGACUAAAGCUACUACUUCAAAUGUGAAAUGCAAAGUGGAUCUUCGAAUCAAGAUCUGGAAAUGGACUUUCUGAUUAACACUUUGAUUUGAUUUUUCUUUACCCUGUUUCUUUGCUUGUUGAUUUCUUUGUUUUUUUGGUAAAUGGAUGUUUGUAGGAUAUUGGUUUUUGAUAUAUAUACAUAAUCAAAUUUGUUCAGUUAGGAUUGGAAGUAGCAGCAUAUAUAUUCAUUCUUAAUAUACAUUAAUAUUUGUAUUUUGUUAUUUGAUCAUAUAUUGAAUUUACAUUUCAAUUUCUGCUA